GGGGCAGGCGAAGGGGCGGGGAGCGUUCUUUGAAUCAAGAGGCCGCUUUGCAGCGAGGUGGGAGGAGGCGGGUUGCGAUUUAGGGGGCAACUUGGUGGCGGCGCCGGAGCUCUCUCAGGUCCCAGCCACAAUGACUGCAAAGAGUCCCGCCUGCCAGCGUCCGCUCAAAGAGCUUGAGGGCACCUCCAGUUCCUUCACAGACAUCGCUGGCCAGCUACAGGACAUCGACCCCAGCCGCCUCUCCCUCUCGCCCUUCCUCGACCUGGACACCCUGAUCUCCUUGUCCCCCAUCUCCGACAGCCCUGAAUCUUCGGUGGAAGAACUUCACUCUACUGAGGACGAGGAUGUUCAAGAGGAGAACGACUGCAAUCUGGUCACGGUGGAAGUUCCAGAAGUGAUAGCGGUGGACCUGACGGGUCAGCCACAGACUUCUGUGGUGCAGGAGAAUCCUGGUCCGCCAGAAAUGGCAGAAGGAGCUGGCCAUGUGGUACUGGAGGGUUCUGCUUUUCAAGAUGGGGCCCAGGCUGUAGCCAUCACGGUGCCUGAUGAGGCAUCAUUUCUGGAUACUGUCCAGCCACUAUUGGCAAGCCCGUUGAAAUCCAUGGUACAGCAGGGCCAUCUUGAGACAAUAGGUGUGCCCGACCGCCACGAGCAUCAGCCCUUCCUGGAGGUGAAAGCCGCAAAACGCAUUUCCCACCGCGGUGUGGGGGAUUCCUGCCAUCAUUCCCAUUGUUGUCGCGGCUGCUCCAGUGACCACAUGAAGGCGGUGGCUUCGGCCUUCGUGGCCCUGCUGCUCGCACCGUGGUUCCUCUACGGGUUUUACUACUGCCUGCCUUUCAAAGCUCCUGCCUGUCCAGAUCUCACCAGCCGCAUUGCAUUCGCACUGCGCUCCCUCUUGGUGGCCAGCGUCCCUAUCCUGCUUGGCAUCACCUUCCGGUCGGCUUUUGCCUUGUUUCAGGACAACCUUGACCCGCUGUACACCUCCUCCCGAGCCAUCCUGCUCCAACAGAUGUUUGUUGCCGCUUCCAUGGACCAGUUUGCCAUCUUUAGCCUCAACCUGCUAGUGACGGCCACUUUCCUCCCGCAGGAACAUCUCCGCCUCAUCCCAGUCUUGGCUGGGCUCUUUACUGUCAGCAGGUUCUGCUACGGAGUGGCCUUGAUCUUCCGCAGCUCCUACCGAAGCUUUGGGUUUGGACUGGCCUUCUUCCCCAACCUCUGCCUGACAGCCUACAAUUUCUACUGCCUCUACAACGUGGGCUUUGGUUUCCUUUUCAUGCCUGCCCCAUCGGGUUACGCCCACCCCACUGCUACCCCAGUGUUACCCAGAGUGACAGUCUCCAAUUAGUUGGGGGGAAUUAGAGGUGCAGGGUGUGUUUGGAACUCUUAACUGCACUUUCUACAGAAGUAUUUGAUGGAUUUCUUUAAGUACUGUUUAUUGUAUUUUAUUCCUGAUGUUGGUUUAUUAUUAGAAAUUUUUUUUUUGUUAAAAUUAAAAAAAAAGAUUUUUUUUAAA